AUGUCAGAGGAGGAAGAUUACUACCUCUAUAAAAAUGUGUCAAGUGUGGGUCCGUGGGACGGGCCGCAGUAUCACAUUGCACCCAAGUGGGCAUUUAACCUGCAGGCAGUCUUCAUGGGAUUGGUAUUUCUCUUUGGGAUGCCCCUGAACACCAUUGUGCUUAUAGUGACGGUGAAGUACAAGAAGCUGCGCCAACCUCUUAACUACAUUCUGGUGAACAUCUCCCUGGCCGGGUUCCUCAUCUGCUGGUUCUCCAUCUUUCCUGUUUUUGUGUCCAGCACCCAAGGCUACUUUGUGUUUGGGAAAUUGGUCUGCUCCUUCGAGGCUUUCAUGGGGUCUGUAGCAGGUAUGGUAAACGGCUGGUCUCUGGCAUUUCUUGCUUUUGAAAGAUACAUUGUCAUCUGCAAACCAGUGGGGAGUUUCCGCUUCACCUCUAAACACGCCCUGUUGGUGGUGUUGUGCACCUGGAUUAUUGGUAUUGGGGUGUCGAUUCCCCCCUUCCUUGGCUGGAGCAGGUACAUAGCAGAAGGAUUGCAGUGCUCCUGCGGUCCAGACUGGUACACUGUUGGCUCCAAGUAUCGAAGUGAAUAUUACACCUGGUUCCUCUUUGUUUUCUGCUUUAUCAUCCCACUGACUCUGAUCUGCUUCUCAUAUGGCAAGCUCCUGGGUGCCAUACGGGCAGUGGCAGCACAGCAGCAGGAAUCCGCCACCACCCAGAAGGCCGAGCGUGAGGUAUCGCGCAUGGUGAUUGCCAUGAUUGGCUCCUACUGUACGUGUUAUGUGCCGUAUGCUGCCAUGGCUAUGUAUAUGGUGAAUAAUCGCAACCAUGAAAUGGACCUGCGACUUGUCACCAUACCGGCCUUCUUCUCCAAGAGCGCCUGUGUGUACAACCCCAUAAUAUAUUGCUUCAUGAACAAGCAGUUCCGAGGGUGCAUCCUGGAGACUGUGUGUGGCAGACCUAUUACAGAUGACUCAGAAACAUCCACCAGCCAGCGGACAGAGGUGUCAACAACGUCCCCCAGUCAAGUUAGCCCGUCAAGCUAA